AUAAAAUCACUGUCAAAAAUAAACGUACGUAACUGAAAGAAUUUGUGUGUAAUAUUAUUUUACUCGUGCGUAAUUUAAAAAAGUGUAUGUAAUUCAGCUUUUUGUGAGACUUGAUUCCAAAAUCGUCGGCCAAGACAAUUUACAAGUACGACAUUUUGGUUUGUUUGUUAGAGUACAACUUAAGAUUCUACGACUAUGACAUUUUACAGACACAACCACAACUCUUUCACAUGCACGAAGUGCGAAUUACGAACACGCAGCGCUGUGCGCGAAGAGACUGUCAAAAAUACGUCAUCAAGGUCACAGGCAUUACUAUCAGAGGGAAGAUUGAUCGAUUCCAUCCACGUAGUGCGCAUGCGUCCCCGCUUAAACCACUAGCGCCAAAAUGACAGCUCAACAGCCAAGCGCUCACUCAUCGUCUCAGGCACCAUUAGGUGACAUCUUAAGCACAGCACAGAAUCUAGUGUCGAUGUUGACCGACACCUUAAGUUCGCCAGGGAACGUGAGGCCACUCAGACAGGGAAGGCCUAAUUCAGCAGAGCUUGGUGUUGGACAACAGAAAGAGGGGGACCAGUCAAGUAUCAGUGGACAGUCAACACAACAAGAAAGAAGGUCCAAGUCAAACUGCCAUCAUGGGCACUCAGUACAGCAAGAAAUGGCUAGGUCAUUCCCGGGAUUUUUCCGAAAGGAAGUAAGGGGUAAAAACGUUUUGGACCAUAUAAACGCCCAGAGAAAAGCUUGUUAAUGGUUUUUUUCCUACUUGACCAACAAUAUGAAAGAACACCCAAAGGAGAGUCAGAACUAGAUCUUACACUUGCAGGACUUGGGAGAAGAUCAUUAACUAUAACAGAAAACAUCACUCAUUCAGAGCUGUCAGAGGUGCUUGUUAAUGCCUAUCCAAAACUGGCAAAUAUCUGUGGAGGAUGGUUACUGCACAAGUGCUCUGGUGGAGGUGGGCAGCGGAAAUUGAUCGUCAUCCCUCCUGACCCAGAUGGAUAUAAUGGACAGCAGUUAAAAGCAGUGAGCAGCAAUGGGAAGUGCACAAUGUAUAUAGUUCCACUGCAAGAGCAAAUAGACACAACUCCAUUACCACCUGAUGCAAAAGAAUUCGAGAAAAUGCCCAAAGCCCAGUGUACAAUGUGCAGCCAAAUGGUUCCUCUUCAGUGCCUUCCAAUGCAUAUAAAGAGCUGUGAGAUGAAAUGGGUGGAUCUGUGUACCUCAAGUGAUGAUGAAUUGGAAAAAUCACCAGAAUUUGAAAGUUGUGAUUCAUAUAUAAAUGAAGUCUGGACAGAGAAGACUGCAGAGUGUCCACUGUGCAAGGACAUAUUUAAUAGUGAUGUUAUUGAGAUACACGCAGCCCACUGUGGAUUACGAACAGCAGAAUAUCAUGAAACUGAUAUGAUCAACUUAACUGAGCCAAUGAAUACACUUCAAAGUUCUGGGGAGAUUUUAAAUUGGAUAAGCAGUAAAGUUGAUCAAACCAACACCUUUCCCAUCUGCGUUUCUCGGAGUGACAUCUUUAAAAGAGGCAUGCAGCAGUGGCAGCGUCAAAAGAAAACUUCUCCAAAAUGCAGACUGAAGGUUACCUUUUUUGGCGAAGCAGGUGUUGACUCUGGUGCUCUUAGCAAGGAGUUCCUAACAGAAAUGAUUUCAGUCAUUGAAACGAGACUGUUUAUCAGUGGUGUAGAUAAAAGAGGGGAAAAUCCUGUCUAUUGUCUCAACAGCUUGGAUCGUAACUACUCAGGAGUGCAGGAGAAAUCAUGGCAGUCAGUCUGGCACAAGGUGGACCACCACCUGUGUUUUUGCGCGAGUGGUGCUUCCAAUAUCUUUGCUCUGGAGAUCAUGACAGUAUACGGGUGUCUACCAGUGAUGUCACAGAUUUGGAAUUUUCACUGCUUAUUGAAAGGUUAA